UGUGUGAUAUAAUAAGCUGGUGGACUGUGAGAAACUACAGAUGGUAUUAUCAUAUAUGAGCUGGUGAGUGUCUCUGCUGUAGGACUGGAGAUCCUGAUAAAGAUGGAGCUGAACUUUUCUAACUGAAGACUCUGAACUCCAACCUCAGAAGCAGGUGACUCUGCUCUCGGCUUUAUUCCAGUCAUACAAGAUGGCAAAUAAUCCUGAAGUGUUGCAGGAUAUAACUGAUAAACGAGGUCAAACUGGUCGAGUCCAGACCAUCAGAGCUCAGAAUGAACCAGUCCAGACCUCCACAGCUCAGACUGGAGGAACAGUCAAUGCACCUCUUCUACAUGGAGGCGUGUUUAUCGGACCAGUUAAUAUUAGCUUUGGAGCUGACUCUACGCACAGAGGUGGAGACAGAAGUGAAGAGGAAACUGGUAAGACUGCAGCAGCCUCCUCCACUGCAGCUCAGACUGGAGUCUCAGUUAGUGCUCUUACAGCAGCAGCUAAAGAAGAUGGAGCUGUAAAAGAUGCACUGAAAAGACAUUUUGUGGUAAAGUUGGCAAAGCUGUAUGACAGAACUUCACUAGAAGAGGAAAAUUUGCUUUUGAAGGACAUUUACACUGAACUUUAUGUGAUUGAAGGCUGCACAGGAGGAGUGAACACUGAGCAUGAAGUGAGACGGAUAGAGAGUUUUAAUCCCAAAAUAGAGGAAAAACCAAUCAAGUUCAGUGACAUUUUCAAAACACGAUCCAGUCAAAAUGAGUUUGGUACUAAAGUACUUACAUUGGGAAUAGCAGGAGUGGGAAAAACAGCCACUGUACACAAGUUUAUUCUUGACUGGGCUGAAGACAAAUGCAACCAGGAUUUAGAUUUCAUUCUGUUUCUUCCCUUUCGGGAGCUGAACGUGAUCAAAGAGGAGCAGUACAGCCUCUGGAAUCUUCUGCUUUACUUCCAUGAUGAGUUCCACAAUGUGGAUGUGAGGGAGAUCCUGAAUGACAAGUGUAAGGUGGUUUUUAUAUUAGAUGGACUGGAUGAAAGUAAACUUACUCUUAAUUUUAAUCAGAAGAAACUAUCUAAAGUAACAGAGGAGACCACCACUGAUAGACUAAUAACAAACCUCAUCAAAGGAGCGCUGCUUCCCUCUGCUCUUAUCUGGAUAACCACUCGACCAGCAGCAGCCAAACAGAUUCCACCCGAGAAAAUUCAUCAUGUGACAGAAAUACGUGGAUUCAAUGACCCACAGAAGAAGGAGUACUUCAGGAAGAGAAUCAGGGAUGAAGAUCAAGCCAGCAGAAUCAUUUCACACAUUAAGACAGCAAGAAGUCUCCACAUUUUGUGUCACAUUCCAGUCUUCUGCUCAAUCUCAGCCUCAGUGCUACAGGAAAUGCUGAAGGUUGACAAAGACUUGAAAAAUGCUCCCACGACUCUUACAGAAAUGUACACACGAUUCCUGCUGUUUCAGACGAGAAAAAAGACUGAGAAAUACAGCACAAUGCAACGUGAGGACAGUACAGUUCCCCCAUCUGAGAGAGACAGACUGGGAGUAGAGGGUGUACUGAAGCUCGGAAAACUAGCUUUCCUCCAGUUACAGAAAGGACAACUCAUAUUCUAUGAGAAGGAUCUGAAAGAAUGUGGCAUUGAUGUUGAUGAAGCUGUAGUCUACUCUGGAGUUUGUACACAAAUCUUUAAAAAGGAUGAGAAGAUUUUCAGCUUUGUCCAUUUGAGUUUCCAGGAGUUUCUUGCUGCCGCCUUUGUCUUCCUCUCAUUCAGAGAUAAAGGUAACCCACUCCUUCAAACCAAAAGUGAGAGAAUAAAGUGGAUGUUUAAACAUACACUGGGUGAUCUCCUCAAGACAGCAGUGGAUAAGGCCAUGAAGAGUGAAAAUGGACAUCUGGACCUUUUCCUCCGCUUCCUUUGUGGCCUCUCCCUGGAGUCCAAUCAGAGGCUCCUUAAGAAUUUGCAGCCAGAAAUGGACAUCAAAGAAGAGAGUCUAAAGGACACUGCAGACUACAUUAAACGAAAGAUCAAGAAGGAAAAACACUCUGAGAAGAGCAUCAAUCUCUUCCACUGCCUGAGUGAACUGAAAGACAAUUCACUGACAACUGAAAUUCAGGAAUACCUGAACUCAGGAGAUCUCUCAACACAGAAUCUGUCAUCUACACAGUGGUCAGCUCUGGUGUUUGUGUUGCUGAUGUCAGAAGAGACUCAAGAGAAGUUUGAGCUGAAGAAAUACAAGCCAUCAGAUGAAGGACUGAGGAACCUACUGCCAGUGGUGAAAAGCACAAGACGAGCUCUAUUUGCUGGAUGUAACCUCACUGUACAGUCCGGUAAAAUGCUGAGUGCAGCUCUACAAACAGAAAACUCCUCUCUGACAGAGCUGGACCUCAGUAACAAUGAUCUGCAGGAUUCCGGUGUAGAGCUGCUCUCUGCUGGACUGAAGAGUUCGGACUGUAAACUGGAGAUACUCAGACUAGCUUUGUGUCAUUUUGGAGGAAAGUCUUGUGAAAAUCUGGGAUCAGUUUUACAAACAGAAGCCUCCUCCCUAAAAGAGCUGGACAUCAGUAACAAUGAGCUUCAUGAUUCAGGAGUGGAGCUGCUGUCUGCUGGACUGAAGAGCUCACACUGUAAACUGGAGAUACUCAGAUUAUCAGGAUGCAUGGUCAGGAAGGAAGGCUGUUCUUCUCUGGCUUCAGCUCUGAGUUCAAACCCCUCAUACCUGAAAGAACUGGAUCUGAGCUAUAAUCUCUUAGGAGAGUCAGGAGUGAAACUGCUCUCUGCUAGACAGGAGGAUCCACACAGCUCACUCAAAACACUCAGAGUGGAACAUGAUGGUGAGAUGAGAAUCAGACCAAAGGAAUCUCCAGGUGAAAAUACUGGCCCAUCCAGGUUGGAUGAGUGACUAGAGAGAAGACCUCCUUGCUACUGAUUGGUCAGCUGUGAUGACAUAUGGUGCUCUUAAACGUGCGGACUGAUAAUGUGGAGCUUAUUGUUCAGACUAGUGGAGAAGUUUUCAGUCCCAGUGCUUCACAGACAUAAUGAAACGUGAGCUUGAGGGAGUUUAAGAGGCUGAACGCUCCUUUAUACAGCAGAAGAACAUCUACACAGCUUAUGAGCCGAGACAGGUUUGGUGUCUGAACUCUGCUUUUAGUUUUAGUAUUAGAGCUACAAAGUUAAUGUAACUAAAGUUAAAUUAGCCUCAUAGCUCCAGUGCUAAAGCUAAAGAAGCAAACUUCAGACACCAAACAGGUUUUGGCUCGUGAGGCUUGUGAGGGGGAAACUGGAUGAAUGUUAUUUUUCAGUGAACUGUUUCUUUAGUUUCUCAACAUUUUAAAGUAAAACAGAGUAAAACACUUUACGGCUGUAAAAACAGGACGAUCAGUUCUGACAGUCUCACAGUCCCAACUGUGUUUGUAUGUGUAGUCACAGCAUUUAGCAGCUUGUCUGUUUUCAUCACCCAACUGAGACCAGGACCACAUUGCUGCGCUGAGUCAGACUGUAUUCUGACUGUCUAACAGCUUAAAUGAUGUUUUUACUGGAGCCCCUGCCAGUGAAGACCCUCCAGGCCAUUUAACAUCAUAUAGAUUCUAACUCCAGUCAUCCAGUCCUAAUUGAACUGUGUGAAUAGUGUCUGAUGAAUAUGGAAAACAUGCCACUGUUCACUGCCAUAACACUAUUUAACCCCAUUUGGAUACAGACACCUUUCUGAAAACUGAGGAAUUCUGUCUCCAGUUCCUCUGUUUAGUCUGGAUGUUGUGAUGUGCUGCAGGGCAUCACUGAUCGGGGUGAAUCUCUGCCGCAUCAUCAAACUGCAUGAACAUGUUUUUGGUUAUUGACCUGCUUAGUCACCAACAGUAAAAUUAAUAAUUUCAGUCGUCCAUACUUUAACAUGUGUUUAUAAAGGUAACAUUAGGCAGGAAAACAGGCAGCUGGGACAUUAUUUUCCCAGAACUCCAACAGGGUUUUUAUUUAAAUGUAAAUAAGAAGCCGCAGUCAUUUCUAACGUAAUGUUGAUGGAUGUGCUUUAAGAGCCAGUAAACCGUUCUGUUGAGAUCAGAGCAUUUUUAAAGUCUUAGGCUACAACCACAUCACCUGGUGUGACAUCACACAUAUUCCCAACCUGGGAAGCUCUGUACAGUUUCAGGUAUUCCUGAAGAGAACAGCCCUGAUCCAGCUCAUUAGCUGAUUAUGGAGCCCUUCAUUAGCUGGAUCAGGUGCUCUGGGGAGCUGGAUUAAGAGACACAGCCUUCUACAAAUGAAGCUCUGCACGGUCGUGUUUACAGCAUCACUCCUUCCUGCCGUGCUGCUUGUCUGGUUGCUGCCGUUACCGUUAGCCAGCUGCACCAGACUCAACAGCAGCAAUGUAUUUAAUCCCUUUAUACCUAAACACGGAGACAAACAACAGAUCAUCAUUUACACUAGAGAAACACGAAGAACACGAGAACAAUCAGCUGAUGGUGGCUUCUUGUCCAGAUGUUCCACUCCACCUUAAAUGAUGCACAUUUACACAGACAUCAGAAUGUAACUGUGGUGUCGUUUAAGGUGGAACGGAAAAAUUGAAGGAGAAGCUGGUGAAGAAGAACCCAACUUCAGCUUCAAGUUUGCUCUAUUACACGUUCACAGACUGCCCCAGAAUAUAAACUACAGCCAUAUAUUAUUGAGCCAACUACUAUUUGUAGAGUAAUAAUUUUGUAAAGAGUCCAACAAGUAAUGUAAACUAGCUGGCAUUGUCGCUAAGACUAUUAGCAUUUAAGCUAACAGCUACAGGUGGUCAUUGCUCAUAUUUUAACUUUGGCCCAAUCAGAAAUACAGUUAGACUAAUAUGUGGUGGCCCCGUUAUGGUGCACCAGACUACACCACCCCCUGGUUUAUACCUAGAGUAAAGAGGAGCUCUGACUGUAGUAAAUUCACAAAUGCAGGUUCAGGAAAACACAAAAAUACAGUGUUUAAUAAAGAAAGCUGAGGUCAUACGCCGACUGUCCGUUUGGUUUAUAAACAAACCAUAAGAAUAGAAACAACCAGUACUGAAAUAUUCCCAGUACUACUGGGGCGACUCAAGCCUUGGCCCCCUGAGACACUGACGGAAGAUCAUUUACUCAAUGACGCGUGAAUCAAUUCAACAAAAAAGAAAAAGGAAAAAAACACCAAUCCAGCAACACCUGCUAAUCACUCCAAGCUCACUGCACUGCAAACUUCUACCAUUCAAGUGAACACUGCAGUCCAUCCCCAAACAUUCCUCCCAAACUCCCUGGACUAGACUUAACCCCACGCAGACUGGACUAUAACUAAAGGAAAAAAAUAGUAGUAAAAAUAACUAAAACAAUGCACCCACUCUGGCCAGUGGCUCACAACACACUAAAUACCUGUCUGUACACACAGUAUGACCACAGGCUAGAGGGCAGCUUAGACAGUAAAAUACUUUCUUUAAAAGUUAGAGCAGCAUCUCUAUUAAAACUCAUAAAAACUGAAUAAUUAAAGUGCUAAGAGAACAGCAGCUGGCCCAGGGUGUACGCUGUAGUCAGUCUGGGGUACUAAGGCCAGCGCUGUAAACUGGACGCUGCAGUUGGUGCUGACUUUGCUGAUUCUCCAGGCUACUUGGAUCAACGUAGUCGAGACUGAACCCGCAGUUCCAACAACACGGAAUGCUGGCACCAAGACAUCCAUCGACUUAGCCUAGCAGCAAUGAACCAAAACCUGCCACCAGGACCCCAAGGUGUUUGUAUAUAUGCCUGCUCCCAUCCUAAUUACUGACGUAGCCCACAUAGAAAAACACAAACAGAAGGUGCUCCACUACACAGGCUCCAUAUACGGUAUAUCAACACCACUGACUGAGCACAAACGACGGUGACCAGAAACGAGACUAACUAAAUGAACUGUAUGAUAAAAAUCACUGGCUAGAUAUUUUAAUUAGCUGGUCUUAACUGCCUGUUUUUAGGAGCUAAAUCAACGUUACUGGUCUGUUACAGCAAAAUAUAUUUGGGCGAAUCACCAAUCUAGAAUUAUUACAGUUCAAAUGGUUUAAUUAGAUUAAUUUAGUAAGAUUAUUCCUGCUGUUCUCUACUGCCCUGGUGGUCUUAUCUGAGCUUUUAGCGUGAAGCAGCAUAACUCACAGAUCGCUGGAACCAGUUAGAACCAGUUAGAACCAGUCAGAAGAUCCAGUGCAUUAACAGGUAGUUUAUCAGGGGAGAAAACAGGGAUAAAAAACAGGAAUUACAGAGAAUUUAUGCUGUGGGAAAAUACAUCAGACACCACAAACAAAUAAAUAAAUAAAGAUCAUUAUACACAGUGCAGAUUCUGCAUUAAUUAAUGAAGCCUCAUUAAGAGCUCAUGUUUAAUUUAAUAACGAUAAAUCAGGCUAUUAUCAUGUGUGUGAACUCCAAAUCGGCUGUGUCCCAAUACGAAUAAGCCCCCUGAGUGAAUCCGUCAGCAGCUGAUCUACAGUCCGGCUGGUUUCUAUGGAGCAUCAACAUGGAUCAUUUCAGCUGACCGACACUGCACUGGACGUUUAGCUCCAACACGCUUCACUUUAAUUAGGAUGUUUUAAAGGCGUCAUUAAAAUGGAAACGACUACAAAUAAACAGAUUUUAGCCGGUAUUGAUCAUCUUGGUACACGAUGGAUCGACUGAGGUAUUUGAUUGAUUAUUGAUUAUUUCAUUUAUUUUUAUCUGUCAGCGCUGCUGAUGGAACUGAAUUAAUCCAUGCAGUGGUGCAACAUCUGCAUUUUACAUUAUUUGAAAUCUCCAGUUACUCUUUUGUCUCACAGUGCUGUGAAAAAGUAUUUGCCCCUCACUCGAUUUCUUCUAUUUUUGUUCAUUUGUCUCAUUUAAAUGUUUCAGAUAAUCCAACUAGUUUUAAUAAAGAUAAAGACACACAAGUAAACACAAAAUGCAGCUGCCAUGUUCAAAUGGGAGCUCCUCAGCCUGCAGGUUGGGGUUUAGAUCAUCCUGUCAGUCCAGGUUUCAGUUGUUUGAUAUGAUUACAGAGUUAAUUUCUAUAGAGACAGUGAGACCAUCACCAUACAGAAAGACUGAGCUCCAUCAAUAUAUAUUAAGAAACCUUUCAUAAUCUCACUGCAGCUCCCUGAAUAGACCUUAUAAACAAAGAACACUUCAGGGACACACAGAGCAGCGUAAGCGCAAUAGACACAUAUUACUGGAUAUCCUACUGUAAGUGUUAAUCCUCUGGUAGAGUGUAAAACUGGUUUAAAGGUAGUUCUUAGGUACUGAUGAACAUGUUAGACCUUUCCCAGUCUCUCAUUAAGCCCUCACAACAGCCUCAGUCCUACACAGCAGGACUCAACACUGAGCUUUAUCUCAUUAGGAACAGACUUCAAAGGGUCAAAUAUUUAUUUACCGGGACGUCGGUCUCCAGAUGGUCAUGACGGGUGACGUUUCUUGAUGGAACUGUAGUUCUCGUUCGACUCCCGUCAUCAUUUAUCUAGAGCGAAUAUUAUAAUAAAUAAUAUUAUUUAGAAUAUUAAACGACUUUUUUCAGGAUUUCUGGAUUUCAACCAGAGCAGAUUCAGACAAACACCAUAAACCAUUCAAAUCAGCUGAGAAGUCCUUACAAGACUACACAAACCAACACCCGCUCACACACACACACACACACACACACACACACACAC